UAAUGAACUUAAUUGUUUAUUUCCAGUUUUUAGUUGAAUUAUAUACACAUAUUUAUAUCUAUAUGCAUCUUAAUUUUAUUUAAUACGCUUCAACAUUUUGUUUUAGUCGUUAAAUGUAUAUAAUAAGAAAGGUAUAUCAAAUUUAACUCUCUCUCUCUCUCUUUACUCAAAGUAUAAAUUGCAUGGCAUAUAUACCUAGCUUCGGCUUUCCUUUCACCGUUUCACAACCCGUCGACCUUUAGUUGUACCAAUUAAUGUGCUUUUUAUUAGAAUUCUUUUCAGAACUUAUUUGUAUUGUAAAUUACGUACUUGACACUACCUAAAACACUACUUAAAAAGACACACUACACACUAGUCAUUACUUUUCGAGGAUCACACCGUUCUCAUCUCAAGUCACUAGUCACUACUCACUAGCUACAUAUAUAAACCCCUUUGUUGUUGCCUUCUUUCCAUCUAGCUCCGCCAUGGCUUUCGUCCUUUCUGAUCUCCUGGUUCGUCUGUUCCAUCUACACUACAUUUAUAUAUAUGUUUGGCUUUUACUCUUUUAAUUGAUAUUUUACUAGUCCUCCUCAACCAUUCUAAUUAAUCUUUAUUUAAUUUGUUUAUAAUUUAUUCUAUUGACUUCAUCAUAUGCAGGUGUCUCCAAUUACUGGUCCUUCUGAAACUGCUGAUGUUCGAAAGGUUCCGGUUGGUCCUUUAAAACUAGAAGAUGCCAUUAGGCCUCCCACAAAUUUAUACACGACUAAGGCACCUCAUACUGCUACCAUCCUUUCUGUUAGGCAAAUUUCAAGUCCUAGUUGUGCUGAUAAGAUAUACGAAAUCAUAUUUGAUCAUCGUGGCUUUAUGAGUUACAAGGAGGGGCAAGCCUUCGGUGUUAUGGUCCCGAAUGCGGAUAAUCCGUUUGUACCAGGGUGUGCCGAGGGGCUUAGGACUAUCUUUAGUGCUUCCUCAAGGUAUGGAGAUUACUUUAAUGGCAGAACAACUACCAUACUUGUGAAACUUAACAAAUACGACGAGACCUUGAGGAAUUUAUGCAAUGCAAGACGUGGAUAUCAUCUUCAACUCACAGGCCCCUCCUUGGAGGCAACUCUUUUGGGGGAUUAUAGUCCCACUGCCACUCACAUAUUUGUGGCUCAAUCUGGGGCAUCCAUUGGUCCUUUCAGAGCCCACAUUCGUCGUUUCUUCAAAGAAGUUAUUCCCACGUUCAAAUUCUCUGGCCAAGUAUGGCUAUUCUAUGGGAGGAAGGACCAACCCCAACCCGAUUGUCGAAUAUACAACGAUGAAUUUGAGCAAUACCAGGAGGACUACCCACGAAACUUCCACUAUUAUUUCUACAACGACAUUUUGUCCCAAAAUUUGGCUGGAACGGUAAUUAAUCUAUUGACUAAGAACGGAGCUUACAUAUACCUGGUUGGGCCUCAUGGCAUGGUAGAUAAUGCUGAUACCACCUUCACCAAUAUUGACCCACAUUGGCCAAUUCAGAAACCUAUACUAGUAGAGAAGAACCAGUGGCGCGUACAAGAUGACGAUUAUUGACAUCCAUGCAUGUCGUCUCUCUCUUCUCUUCUCUUAUGAUCAUUAUAUAUAAUUACCUAUUAUGCAUGAUCAUGGGUUUAAAUAAGUGUCUUAUAUAUGUGUGUAUUCCUGUUUCUCGAUGUGUGUAUGCUAUAAAUAUCUCGUACCUUUUCCCAUCUAUCUCUACGCUACUAUUAUGAGAUUAUGGGAAACUAAAGCUAUUUGAGUUGUACGUCCAAACUCGGUAGAAAGCGACCUUCUAUUUUCAUGAGCAAUAAUUUACCCCAAUCCAUCAUCUGCUAGAGUUUAUAAUAAAGUAUACUUAGUCUUGUUGAAAGAAGGAGGUGGUGAGUUUAAUAGAAAUUGUUGGUUUCAG